AUGGCAGACUCGAAACUCUUGGAGUAUAGUGGCAACUGCCACUGCGGCGCGUUCAAGUUCUCUUUCAAGUCCCCCGAAAUCAAGCAGGCAUCUGUCUGUGAUUGCAGCAUUUGUUCCAAGAAUGGCUACCUGUGGGCUAAAUCGCAAGACUUCAAAGUGCUCAAAGGAGACUUUGACACCACUUUAACGGGGUACGAAUUUGGACCAAAAAGUCUCUCACACAAGUUCUGUCCCAACUGCGGUACUUCUGUUCUCGCAAGGCUUAAUCCUGAAAAGGGCGAUGUCGUCCUGGUCAACAUCAGGUCGGUGCAAGGCAUCGACUUUCCUUCACUCACCAUCGGUGAACCGCGUCAUGGAUCAGCAGCUGGAGAGCCGUAUAAGCCCCCAACUCCCGUCGCCGCUGAAGUAGUCCCUGCGGGGUCGUCUGUUUACCACGGAAACUGCCGUUGUGGAGCUGUCGCCUUCGCCCUCGUCUCGCCAGACAAGAUAAGCGAGGCAAGCGAGUGCAAUUGCAGCAUCUGUUGGAGGGAUGCCGGCCUCUGGAUCUACCCUCCCACGAAGAACAUCACUUUCCGCGGUUUAGACUCAGCCAGCGAAUAUACAUUCGCCGCCAAGCUUACAUAUCACGGGUUCUGCAAAGUUUGUGGUGUCUCCUUAUUCGAACGCUUUGUCGGAAACGACCCGCCGUUGCACGAUAAGCCAGAAUACUACGGCAAAGACCGCAAUCUUUGGACGGCCCUCAAUGUUCGGACCAUCAAUGACCUUGAUGUCAGCACCUUGCAGAUCGAGAAGGUGGACAGGUCGGGCCAGCUGCCAUUGUAUGUGGUUCCAGAGUAA